AUGCAUCCUUUACCUAGCUUAACGGAAGCUAUCGAUCAGCUCACUAUCGAAUUUUCCCUUUUAAAGCCUCUCAUUCCCACAUAUACCCAUCUCAUAAUUUCUACACUGUUUGCUCUAUAUAUUGGCUGUCAUGCUUCACUCUCAAGGCCCUCUUCAGCCAAAAAGGAAUCCAAAGAACACAAAGAAGAGGAUGAUACGGAUGAAGCUGUUGUCCAAAAGAUGGGUGGCUUGGAGCCAUCAGAUGCUAUAGUAUUUCCGGUUCUAUCUGGCCUCACGCUCAGCGGUCUCUAUCUCCUGAUAAAAAACUUUGACACCAAAUACUUGAGCAAGAUCUUAAACUGGUACUUUUCGCACACCAGUUUUAUAUUUGGUAUAGCUUUCAUCCGGGAUGCCAUUACGAUACUCAGAUCCUUUGCCUUUCCUACCCGCUACUUUCACCGUGGUACUCUGUGGAAGGCUAACCAGGAAAAGCGAGUCUACGAAGCAGUGGCUUCAGAAGGCUCAUCCCUUAACACCCGUCCGUCGCCAUUACCGGGUAUAUUGGGAACAAUCCCCCUCGCAGAAUCUGUGCAAAUCUAUCUCUGGAGCUUACGGGGAGCUUCCUAUCAGAAAUUGAACUUCCAGGCUUACAUCCGGUCACUUGUGGAUCUUAAAUUUCCUUUCAACAUCAUCGACGUACUUAGUAUUAUUUUCUCUGGCAUCGUGGUCCAGUUCUCUGUGUUUGGUUCGCGCCCAUGGUGGCUAACAAACUUCCUGGGAUUCUGCUUUUCCUAUGGUGCACUCCAGUUCAUGUCACCCACUACAUUCUGGACUGGAACCCUUAUACUAAGCUCCUUAUUUUUCUACGACAUAUACUUCGUCUUCUACACACCAAUGAUGGUUACUGUUGCGACAAAGCUUGAUAUUCCGAUAAAGCUUGUAUUCCCACGUCCACCUGUCCCUGGUGAGAGCAAACCAGCAGAAGCAACGCUAGGAUUAGGCGAUGUUGUGGUACCUGGAAUGAUAAUCGGACUUGCCUUGCGGUUUGACCUUUACUUGUACUACUUAAGAAAGCAAAGUCGACAAGAACAAGAACAAACAAGCUCAAAGGAUGACAACCGAGUUGAGUACAAAAAUGCUGCAGGUGGGUGGGGUGAAAGGGUCUGGGGAUGUGGGCAUAAAGGAGCGAAUGCUCCUCGGCAUGAAAAAGAAUACUUUGAUUCAAAAUCAUUCCCAAAGACAUACUUUACUGCUGGAUUAAUCGGAUAUGCUAUUGGUAUAGUCGCGACAUUAUUGUCGAUGCAGUUAUCUAAGCAUCCGCAGCCUGCGCUAUUAUUCCUUGUGCCAGGGGUUCUGAUCUCUCUCUGGGGUACAGCAUUUGCGAAAGGCGAUAUACAGGCCAUGUGGAACUUUUCUGACGAAGUUGAAGACGAGGGCAGCAACGAAGAUGAAACGAAUAAAACCGAAGCCAACGAUUCGUUUAUGGAGGGAAUCUUAAAGAAGGCAUUGUCAUUCUUCUGGGAUACUCGCAUAUCUGAGAAGGAUGAGAAGAGCGCAGCCGAAGCCGGCGAUUCUAGCAGGGAUUCCAGCUCAGAAAACCCUGAUCGUGAUGGAAAUAAAGACAGUACUCCUAGUACCGAGGAAAAUUCUUCUGAAGAGAAGAGGACCCAUUCGAAGUCAGAACUUAUAUCGCUGUCAAUCUCAUUAAUCACAGAGACAGAAUCGAAAAAAGAGCUAGGGGAAGGUAAACUUGUCUCAACACCACAGCCAUCGACAAAUUCCUCCCCAAUUCUUGUUGCUAAGGAAGAAGAACGCCCAUUGAAGAAAAGGCGAGGAUAUAAACCCACCCACUGA